AUGAGUGAGGUUGCUACCAACACAGCUAGUGUGCUGAUCAUGAAGCGUUUUCUGGUGUUGAGUUUGAUGGUGCUGAUGUUCGAGAUCCGUUCGAGUUCCGCCUUUCUCAUGCCUGCUGGCGCCAAGACCACUGGGCAACAACUCCUGGCACAGAAUGGGGCUAAGAAUGACAUGCCCAAAGAAGAGUACGACGCAAAAGUGGCCAAAGCUGCCAAGGCCAUGACGGCAUUUACCAACAAAUACUUGGCCAACACGGGCACCAAGUUGUGCUCUGACAAGGCAGUACCAGCGGUGGUCAUUCAGGGAUUGGCUGAGCACAAGGUUGAAUUUGGUGCUCCCUUGUGUCCCUGUAGGUUUUAUGAUGAUAAGGCAGCUGAAGCAAAAGAUGGGUAUUGGAAUUGCCCAUGCGUUCCAAUGAGAGAAAGACAUGAAUGUCAUUGCAUGCUCUUUCUCACGGAAGAUAAUACCUUUGCAGGAGAAGAAGUGGACAUAUCCUAUGAUGAAGUUGUUGAUUUGACUGAUGUCAUGUCGUCAUAG